UCAAUACUCAGUCUUAACACAGGUUAGUACGGCCGCGGCACUUUUCGCGAGAUUGAUCAUCACGUUUGUUCACGUAAACCAGAUCCAUCACAUCUUGACGAACAAGCUUUGUCCACAAACCUCAGGCGAAACGUGCGUUUCUGAUCAAAACUUGUGAGGCCAUUUUCGACCUAUCCGUAAGUGAGCAACGGAUGCGGGCAGCCAUGUAUCGCUUCGCGCGAUGAUCAUUGUCCGAGUGUAUGUCCUGAAUGGCAUCUCCCUGUCGCUCCUUACUGUUUAUUUGCCUCGAGGCUCCUGACACGCACUCUAAUCGCAACAGUGUCGAAGAAUUUCCUCUUUCGCAUUCUCUUCUGCCAGUGCCCAGCUUUAAGAACAUCGGCGAUUCCUCCUCCCUUUCAACAGCUUUUGGAAUGUCUGCAGAACAUCAACGAUAUAUUUAUUCUAAUCCACAAGGAGGAUCGACAACCUCUUAUGAGUAUCAAACAUAUCCUACGCAAGCUUACGUGUCGGCACCACCUCCUCAGGCCCCUCCCCGGCCGAUACGCUCCCCCAUCACUCAGUUUCAUUCACAACACCACCAGUCAACUUUUGCGGCAUCGUCUUCAUAUACGCAACAAGCGUCCUAUGCACCCGCUCCAUCAUAUACUCUUCCUCAGUCGCAGCCUCAAUGGCAGCCUGAAAGCUGGUCCUCUCAAUUCGGGACCUUCCCACCUACAUCCAUCACGGCAGACGUGACGUAUGCCCCAAAUGCAGCCCGCCCGGAAUCAGUCUCUCAGACCACCCAUGCAGAGGCACGAUCGUAUGCCGCUGGCCCAUCCAAUCCACCACUUGAGAAUCGCCGCCCAGAGGAACGCUAUCCCCCUGCCCCUGUGUCAGCUCAUGCAUCGCCCGUUCAAAAGAGCAAGAGGCGGGACAAGGAGUCACCAGUCCUGGCCCCAAGUCCAAUUAUCAAUCCUAGUCUAGAUUUUGGGAAGAUGGUAGAGUCUUAUGGUAUGAUACUCGAGGGUACCAAAUCCCUGGCGUCCGCGGGGGUUCCUGCGCGGCUCCCACCGCCUGAAACCAUGGAACGCAUGAUCCAGUCCGCGAACUACGGAAGACAAAUGUUGCAAUCAGCAGUUGCGCAAUCAAACCCUGACACGAGGCCGUCUACUGGCGGCAGUGACAAGGAUACUCCGGCCAUAAAGCGGCAGAAGGCCGAGGAACACGCUCAGGAAGGGCAGACUUGCCUUGGUUGCAAUGCAACCUCAACCCCUGAGUGGAGGCGUGGUCCCCUAGGCCCUCGAACCUUGUGCAACGCAUGUGGCCUCGUGUAUGCUAAACUUCUGAAAAAGCGGGCACGAGGGGAACGGUCCCGCGGGGGCAAUAGCAAGGACCCAGGAUCUCACAACGCAAUGGAGGAUUCUGUGAUUGCGUCCAGUGGCGGAAGUGACGAUGACGAUUCUUAUGGGUCACAAGAUCGCGACCUGGGUGAUCAUAUACGGAGAGGGUGAAGUUGGACCCGUGAUACUCUAACCUGUCCGAUCUGCUUCUCACCUGUCUUUCUUUCCUAUUUUCAUCAAUGGCUGGACCUUUCAAUGACAUUACAAUAGUUUUUCCCGGGUUUGAGGGGCUCCUUCCGUACGCGUCAGGGUUGGUAUGGCUCCACUUUGCAGUGCUGUUAUGAUGAUAAGGUUAUAGAUUCGUCAAUCUCAUUUCUCAGCGUACCUCUUAGUAAUUCGCAUCACGGCGUUUAGUUAGGUUAAUCGGUCGAAGCGAAGGAACUAAGAAUCUAUCUUUCGACUGCAUCACAGUUUUUGGUCCACGUUGUGUACCUAUCGGUGCCUCUCCAACGGACAAGUGGACUUCAGAGGGCAAUGUUCUGCUGCCUCGUUUGACUGCGAGUCAUGCCUCUUGG